CACUGGGGAGUGAGGGCGGGGGAACGGGGGUGAGAGGCCAGGCAUUUCACAACAAAAGGGAGCGACCGGAGAGUCCGAGCGGGGAGGCUCCGGGCUCGGGGCCGCAGGCUGCAGGCUGCAGGAGCAGAGCCGGCCAGGCUCCCAGCAGGAAAAGGAGGAGCGGGUUGCUUGGAAGAAAAGGUGCAAGUGUUUCAGCGUUGAAGAUUUAAUUUGAAGGGUUUGCUAACUGUUUUGGGAAGAGGGACGAGGCUUUUUUCCCGCUAUGCUGUUGUGUGUGUGUGUGAACUGGAUUCUGAUGCGGUGAGAAAUACCUUUAUCGACAUGCAUUUUACGAGUUACUAGAGAUGUUCAGCAUGUGGACAGCACCUGUUUUCCAGGCUAAAAGUGGAGAUUGUAUCCAUUAAUGACAAAUGUGCAGUUUGGUAACAUAUCAGACUACUUGGUCUAUUUUACUUGGUUUCCAAAAACAUUUUAAAUACAACCCAUCUAACCUUUUGGAGAUAAGAAUUUGCUCUGUGUUUUUGUAAACAAUAGCAGGGUAUUUAUUUUGAGGCCACAAUGAGCGGUACACUAGGAAAAGAAAAAGAAUGCAAAGAAAAGGACCCUAAAGUUUCAUUGGGAAAAGACAGAGAAAGAGAUCCAAAAGCUUCUGGUGGCUUUGGGAAAGAUAGUAAAGAGAAAGAAUCCAAGACCAAAGGGAAAGAUGCCAAAGAGGGAAAAAAAGAAUCCAGUGGAGUACAACCAGGUGUGCAAUUCCAAGUGGACAAUACAAUAAAACGGCCAAAUCCAGCACCAGGGCGGAAAAAAUCAAGCAAUGCUGAAGUGGUUAAAGAGUUAAACAAGUGUCGUGAAGAGAAUGCAAUGCGUUUGGACUUGGCGAAAAGAUCUAUUCACAUUCUUCCAACGUCAAUCAAGGAAUUGACCCAAUUAACUGAGCUUUAUUUGUACAGUAACAAAUUGCAGUGUUUGCCUGUAGAACUUGGUAGCCUUGUGAACUUGGUCACUCUGGCACUAAGUGAAAAUUCACUUACAAGUUUGCCUGACUCUCUCGAUAACUUGAAGAAAUUGCGAAUGCUUGAUCUACGGCAUAACAAACUUCGAGAAAUCCCUACAGUAGUAUACAAACUGAUUUCCCUCACUACUCUGUAUCUGCGGUUUAACCGUAUAACUACUGUGGAGAAGGAUAUCAAAAAUCUAUCCAAACUUACAAUGCUGAGUAUCCGUGAGAACAAAAUUAAACAGCUCCCUGCUGAAAUAGGUGAACUCUGCAACCUCAUAACACUGGACGUGGCUCACAAUCAGCUUGAGCACCUUCCAAAAGAAAUUGGCAAUUGCACGCAAAUCACGAACCUUGACCUACAACAUAAUGAGCUUCUUGAUCUGCCUGAAAGUAUAGGAAAUCUGUCCAGUCUGAGUCGCUUGGGCCUGAGAUACAACAGACUGUCAGCUGUUCCCAAAUCAUUGGCAAAAUGUAGUGAACUGGAUGAACUUAAUUUAGAGAACAAUAAUAUCUCCUCGUUACCUGAGGGCCUUCUGUCAAGUCUCGCAAAUUUGACCAGUUUAACAUUAGCAAGGAAUUGCUUCCAGUCGUAUCCAGUUGGCGGACCCUCACAGUUUUCAACUAUCUACUCUCUCAACAUGGAACACAACCGUAUCAAUAAAAUACCUUUUGGAAUAUUCUCUAGAGCUAAAGUGUUGAGUAAGCUGAACAUGAAGGACAAUCAGCUAACUUCACUUCCAUUGGACUUUGGAACCUGGACAAGCAUGGUAGAACUAAACCUUGCCACCAACCAACUCACAAAGAUUCCAGAGGAUGUGUCAGGACUGGCUUCCCUAGAGGUUCUUAUCUUAUCAAAUAAUCUUCUUCGAAAACUGCCUCAUGGCAUUGGGCAUUUAAGAAAGCUACGAGAGUUAGACUUGGAAGAAAAUAAGCUUGAAUCUCUUCCAAAUGAAAUUGCUUACCUUAAGGAUCUGCAGAAACUGGUCUUGACCAACAAUCAGUUGACAACCCUUCCUAGAGGAAUUGGUCAUCUAACCAGCCUGACUCAUCUUGGCCUGGGAGAGAACUUACUUACUCACUUACCUGAAGAAAUUGGUACACUGGAAAAUCUGGAGGAGUUGUAUUUAAAUGAUAAUCCAAACCUACACAGCCUUCCCUUUGAGCUGGCACUCUGCAGCAAAUUGUCCAUCAUGAGCAUUGAGAACUGCCCACUCAGCCAUCUCCCACCACAGAUUGUAGCUGGGGGUCCGUCCUUCAUCAUCCAGUUUCUGAAGAUGCAGGGCCCUUAUCGGGCCAUGGUCUGACUGAAUGGAAAUGUUGCAUACACUGUACACAAUAUAAACUGUGUUAUUGUCACUAUAUAUACAAAAGCAAUUUUACUAAGACUGCAGUAAGUGUUUCUGGUAAUAGAGGAAUCGUAGCCAUUUAGAAUUUUUUAAAAACCUUUAAAGAAUUACAGUGCUGGAUAGAGGUUUCCUCACAGAAUUAAAUGGAUGUAUGUUAAUGUGAGAAGUUUGUUUACUUUUUGGGGGGGGUGUGGUGUGGGAGUCUUGCAAAAUCAUAAGCAUGAUUUUUUUAAUAGUGUGCAUUUAAGAUACUGUUCUGUGUAUUUAAAAACACAGUUUAGUAUUUUCUUUAUAAUAAAACUUUGUGCUUAAAAUGACAGGUAUAGGACCUGGGGAAUCCCAAUUUGGAGAAGUAGGUGCCAGAUGCAGAUUUGGUUUAUUUCUUGCUAGCUAUUGUGCAUCUUUGUUUUUCCAGAUUAUGUUCAUCAUUGCAAAAGGCUGUAAAUGCUCCGUGUCUGGUAUUUUCUUUCAUGCCCCAGUCUAAUUAAGUGAUUGAAAGUCAUUGUGAAGUCUGAAAGAUGGAAGGGAGAUUUUAGGAACGGUUGGGGAAAAAGCGUUGAUGAAUAAUGGAAAGUCAAAAUAUAAGGAAAGCUAGAGUAUAAAUUGAGAAUUUAAGAAACAUAACAACAGCUAAGGAUGGAAAGAAAAAUCAAACCAAAGAGAGAAAUACAAAAAAGAAGGCAAACUGAGUCACAGAAUGGAAAAAAUUAAAAGGUUACUACUCCCUAUUGAUGUAUGUUGUAUAUUUGAAAGUAAUUGGUUUAGUGGAAGGAAAAUCUUUUCCUAAAUAAUUUUGCUGCAUUCUUGAUUGUUUCCAUAAUUUUUAGACACCAGGAUUUAGCACUUGAUUUAAACAAUAUAAUGAUAUUGACAGGCAAUAUGCGUACAAUAUAGAUACUGGUCAUACAGUAACUGUUUCAUUCGUUUACCUGUAUUAUGACCUCUUUAUUAUACACAGCAAUAUGAUUUCUAAAGUUUGUUAUCCAUUAUUUUAUCAUUUCCUUCCACUGAGGAUAGAAAUGCAAGCUUUGGAGAAAAACAAAUGAAUGGUCUUUGAUUCAGCUAACAUUUCUCUAAAGACUAAGAGAAAGGUUCAUAUUAAAUAUACAUAUAACACAUUUCCCUUAUAAAGUCUGAACCAUUUUGGGCCCUGGAUGCAUACCAAUGUGUUCUCACUCCCCCAAAACCACCUUUUACUCAAUGCUUUUAACAAAUUGCAAGCGUGUAUGGUGAUUGGUGUCAAGUCUGUUAAGUAAUCAAAGGUUUUGUAUUUUUACCUGUCCUUCAUGUUGCAUCUGCACAUGAAACAAUGUACUGAGGGCUCUUUUUCCUCAUGCUGUACAUUUUUUGCUGCUGCAUGUCUUUUUUCAAAACCUGUGUGUGUGUGGGCUAAUUGAGUGUGAGCUAUUUCCUUUCACUCAAUGUGAAUACUAGUACAGUAAAACUAUGAAAAAUAUGAAGUCUUUACAGUCCUUCUAUAAAGAAUGAAACGCACAUAUGAUAUAAGCCAACCUUUAUCCAGUAUUCACUUGAGGAAUGUUUCAGAGUUGGAUAUGGUUAAUUCAUUCUCUGUAGGCGAUUUACCAGUCGACUUUUUAAGUUUGUUUAGAUACAUAUCAGUGCAUGUUGUUAGCAAUGUUUCAAUACAGGAACACUUUAAAAUCAUAAAAUGUGCAUUCCUCCAUUUAAAAAUAUUGUUGAAUUUUUUAGGACUUAAAUGUCACUUGUCACCAGGAAAAGAAAAUUCACUUCCAUUUCAAACGUUGGCAAAACUGAGGUCACACUGAAAUGAAACCAGUUGUAUUUCCUGCAACAGUAGGACAAUGCACAUUAAUUGUCAAGCUAUCAUUUGUCUAAAAUUUGCUUUUACUCUAGACUAAUCCUGAUCUUUGUUAAUAGAUAUCCACUUGAAGCCUUGCACGAAGAUACUGUAAACCUGUUGCCUAGUUCAAUGCACUGCAAUUCAUUUCUAAGGAGCAGUGUUUUCCUGCAAAAUUUACUAGGCAGAAAUGGAUUCAGCAAACCAAGGGCUAUUUUAAGGGUAUCUGGUAUAUUUAGCAACUAUUAAAUGAAUUAAAAUCAAGGCCAAAACAUCAAAAGAGGAAAUUGAUUGGAGAAGGAGUCAUUAGCAGUUUAAACAUUUGGAAUAUGUCUUCAUUAACUCCGUUUGUACCAUGAAAUUCUUACAUCCACUAUCAGUUUAACAUUAGAAUAUAGGGCAGCAGAAAACUUAGUGAUGUAUAUUGAAGUAGCACCACAAUGAAACCUAUUUAUGUUGCAGUUACCUUUAGAGCAUUAUUUUUCAGAUUGAAUGCUUAAGAUGCUGUCCCUGUAGGCUUUGUCAACCAGUUGUCCCAGCUAAGCCUUCUCCCCAACAUGUUGACUGCUUUGUACAAUCUUAAAGAAGUUUCCAUUGCGUAACGUCAUUGGUUUGUAUUUGGAUAUGAACAUAAUUGACCAAGGCUGCUGUGCUUGGUUCCAAGUUUUGCUUUUGAGCCUAAGUAUUCUACAAAUCAGAAAUUUUAGCAUGUGGGAAGGAUGAAAGUGUACAGCUUUUUGUAGUUAAAACAAGUCAAAAAACAAAAAAAAAGCAUUGACUCUACACAAAAUACUUAUAACUGCAGUGGACAGUUUGAAAUGAAAUUCAGUGUAAUUGUGGUUAUUCCAGUAUAUGAACUGUAGGGUGCUAAUUGUAUUGUUUUAUCGAACACUAGAAGAUCGAGUGCAUCAUGUCAAUUUUUUUGUUUCCUAAAAUCAGUAGCAGGUAUUGUAUGUAUUAAUGUCUUUAGGUUUGAUUCUUUUAAUCAAUGCUGUCUUGUCUAUGCUUGCUGUAAAGCAUGGUCUGCUUUUACACAUCACUUAACAAGUAUGACAACAUUCUUAGUACCUGAUGAGUCUUACUUCUGAACCACAGUGAAGCCUAACAAAAACUUUGUGCUUCUGGUUUUGUUUAAAAACAAAAGCAAAAUGGCCCAGGUUUCUAGCCAGACAGUAAAGUUUUAAAUCUGCAGUAUUCACUUUAUUGUUGUGUUCAUUGGGACUUGAAAGUAAGAAUGAAUAGUACUCUCUCUUAUCUUUGACCACAUUGUUAAACUUUUUAUAAAUGUAUUUUUGGGAAUUCAAUGAAAAUCUUUAAAAAAUUGUUAAACUGUAACAAUUAAUAUCAUUUCUGACCUCUUGACUGCACGAAGGCCAAGUUAAGGAAUGUUAAUUUUUUUUUCAUGCUUGGUGCUAUUACCUGACAGGCAUGAAAGAAAAUAGAAUGUUGAAUGUUAAAAUAUAAUGUAGUAUUCACUCAUUAGCUCGGUUGCUUUAUCAGAUUAAUUACAGAAUUUAUAAAUUCUGAUUUUGGAUGUGACUAGCGGAAAAUGUUCAGUUUAAGGUGGUGUCCAAUAAAAUGAAAAGGGUUAGAUCUUUGCAGCUUUAACUAUUGCUAAUCACUUUGGGUGACCGUCGGACUUGCUGUCUAUUCCAGUUUUAAAUUAGUAGCUUAAUGAAGCUGCAUUAGUAUACCUAGCAAACAGCUUUUUGAAAACCGAGUCGAACAAGUAAGGCAGCCUAGUCAAAUAAUAUAAGCCGUGUCUUGAAUUUAAGUGCAAUUUCAGUAAAGAAUUUUGGACGAUCAUAUCCCUAAAGACAGCAAAUAAUUUUCAGUUUUUCUGCACCAGCCCUUGUAGAUUUUGGAGAAGCUAAUUUGGCUAACUAAACCGGUUAUGUCUAUAAAUAAUGGCUCGGUUACUUUGCCUGACUUUUUUUGACAGGCCCUUUACCAGAUAGCACAAAUUAUUUUUGUUUGGUGAUAUAGUCAGACUGUUAGAUUCUCACACCAAAAUUAAGAAUGUACAAACUGGUAAACAAGCAUUUUUAAAACAGUUGUUAAUUAUGUUAUGUCUAUAUAAAAAAAAAGCCUUUUGUUUUUAUAAGGAUCAUUCAGUGUAUCAGUACAUUCAUUAUAAAUAGCAAAUUUGUAAAUGAGCUUUUGAGUCUAUUGCAAUGGAUGCAUGUUUUUUUUAAGAGGCUUAAGUGUACAAUUGUCUUUAAUCCUUGGGUGUGGGGAAAGGAGUGAUUUUUGGCUGCUGUUUUGGAAGGAACAUUCACUUCCACUAUAACAUUUAAAGUAAGACCAUUGAUAUUUCUGUUCAGGUUAGGAUAUUAAGACAAAUAUCACAGGUGAUAAUUGUAUAUCUGAUUUGCUAUUUCAUUUUGCACACAAGCAAUUGACAUUUAAAUGUGUUGCCAAUGUUCCUGGUGUAAACAAUAUUAAAAUAUUUACUGAAACUUUAA